AACCCUUUAAUUUUCCUCUCUCCAUCCAACCCCUCAACUCAUUUCACCUUCCUCACACGCACGCGCUCUCGAGUGAAGAAGACCAGUUUUUCAAAGAGUCUGCCCUCUUUCUCUCUCAUUCCCUCAUCUCGCUUUGGCCUAAGACAACAAUAACAACAUCAAAAAAUCCGACAUCUCUCGCUUUCCCAACUUCACACCCUGUUUCUUUUGGAUAGAAGGAACCCUUAAAUACACAGUGUCUCUCUUCUUCUUUCACUCUUCAUGCUUCUCAAUUACUUCUGUUUGGAUGAAUCUUGAUCUCUGUCUCCACCACUCUCCUACAAGGUAACAAAAGCAAUCGGAGAGGGCGAGGUUGUCUGGUAAUGGAUGUGGGGUGCGUGCUGUUACUGUGGUGGGUGACUUUGAUUCCGGGGAUUUUAUCAGAUCCAAGCGACGAGGCAUGUCUGACACACCUCAGCAAGUCCUUGGAAGAUUCCACCAACUUGCCUCAUAACUGGAAAGAAGAGAACUUUGCCAAGCCCUGCAACGAUUCCACCUCCAUUCUCCAAGGUGUCAUCUGCAACAAUGGCCGCAUUUACAAGCUCUCUCUCAACAACCUAUCGCUCCGGGGAACCAUAUCCCCAUUCCUCUCCAACUGUACCAAUCUCCAAGCUCUUGACCUCUCCUCCAACUUCCUCACCGCUCAAAUCCCCCUGGAACUUGAGUCUCUUGUCAACCUCGCCGUUCUGAACCUCUCCUCCAACCGUCUCGAAGGGGAUAUUCCCCCGCAGCUGGCAUUAUGCGCCUAUCUCAACAUCAUCGACCUCCACGAUAAUUUGCUUACCGGGCCUAUUCCCCAGCAAUUUGGCCUGCUCGCUCGUCUUUCCGCCUUCGAUGUGUCCAAUAACCGCCUCUCCGGGCCCAUCCCCGCCUCCCUGUCGAACCGUAGCGGGAACUUGCCCAGAUUCAACGCCAGCUCCUUCCUGGGGAAUAAGGAUCUCUACGGUUACCCGUUGCCGCCUUUUAGGAAUAGGGGGUUGUCCAUUUUAGCCAUUGCUGGGAUUGGCCUGGGGAGUGGCCUCGCCAGUUUGGUUCUUAGCUUCACCGGAGUUUGUGUCUGGUUAAAAAUCACCGAGCGCAAGAUGGCGCUGGAGGAAGGCAAAAUCAGCCACCUUAUGCCCGAUUAUUGAACAUUAAUCACAAAUUACAAUACUUUCAAAUAUUCCAACCCAUCUCUCAUUCAACUGCAUCCAAAAAAAAAAAUAGUGCCCCUACCAGGUACUUAUUUUUUUGUGUUUAUAAAAGCGAGGUUGGGUGUGGGCUACCCCUAAUUUCUUCGUACUUAUGGGUGGUUCAGAUCAUUGUCUCUUAUCUAUCAGCGGGGACAUAUUUUAUUUUAUAGUAAUUUAUAAAUUUAUAAUUUCUCUCUCUCUCUCUCUCUCUUUCUUUCCAUCAUAAGUAUUGACUGUUUUAAAAUUUUGCGCUUACCCGAUCCCGGUUGGCUGUAUUAUUGUUGUUUCCAUUUAUUGAAUAGGAUUAGCUUAGCAGCGUGAAAAUAAAUUUUGAAAGAGGUGCAUGGGUGGUAUGGUACUGAUGUUGUGCAGCUUUAAUUUUGUUGCUUGUUGUGUUGAUGCAUGGAUUGGCAAUGCGAUGUCUCGAUUUUCGUAAUUUUGAUAUGAAUGAAUCUGUGGGUGGGUUGGCGCUUGGCAGGAGGUAGGGUAGGUUUACUGGGUGCGGUACUGCCAUGGUAGUAGUAGUAGUGUUAGAUGAAGAAGCACUGCUGCGCCGUUCACCUGCAAACCUGUCUGCCAGUGUGCUAAAAUAUAUCAAAACCAACACAAACAGCUGGUGCCAUUCUUCUCACACAAGACUGCCGCGUUUUCCUCUCAGUAUCGGACUUCUUGGUGGAGCCACAUGGAUUGGGACUUGUCUUCUCUCAUAAUCACUUGUUCUUCCACUCUUCACUUGUUAGUCCAACGUCAACUGGUCAACCCUGUUUUUUAGAAUCUGCUUAUGUGUCUCUCCCCACAUACCAUUAGGAUCAUUAUUUUUAGACUACACACAACACUUAACAUACGUGUUCUGUUUUACCACCAAACACGUCAAACCAUUACACUUAAUUACUACUCAAUACUAAGUCAGAUAUAAAAUCAUUUUUAUUUCCCAAGUGUUUUUUACUUUUAUUUUAGGUUUACAACUGUAUCAAAUAUUCGUAAACAGUUUUUCCAGCACUAA